GAAAGGAGCUCCCUUUUCCCCCUCUCAAUCCGCACUCGCAAACGUUCUCGGCUCCCACGCGGAUCUCUUGGACACGCGCGCGCUGGAUCGCAAGGCUCAGAAAGAUCGCAGACAGGUGCUAGCUCUGCACGCCAUGAGCCAUCUGAUCAAGUGAGUCUUCGCUCCGCACAAAGCAGGCAUGACGCGCUGACGCUCGGAGAUGCGCAUGUGCAGGACAAGACGCAAAAUCCUUCGCAAUAAUGAAAGAUUGGCAAAAGCUUCCUCGGAAGGUCGAUCGAUAGACGUGCCGCGCGAUCAAGGGUACACGAGGCCCACUCUUCUCGUUCUCUCACCAUUCCGUUCCAGCGCCUACGUCUGGGUUCAAGCGCUCUUCGCAGCAAGUGGUCUAGAAACGCUUUCAGGUUCUGACCGUCUCUCGUCAGACUUUGGUCCCGAUCCCAGCGUCGCGCUCUCCUCCGAAGAGCUACCUGACAAGCCCAAAGACUUUGUGCAGACCUUUGCGGGCAAUACCGACGAUAACUUUCGGUUUGGGAUCCAGCUCAAGAGAAAAGAGAUGAGGCUCUGGACGGGCUGGUAUGCGAGCGAUGUGAUCCUCGCUAGUCCGCUGGGACUCAGAUUGGCAUUGCAGAAAGACGGCGAUGCGGACUUUUUGAGCUCGAUUGAGAUGCUCGUUGUGGAUCAGGCAGAGGUGAUGAGUAUGCAGAAUUGGGAUCAUGUACAGCACGUCCUAUCGCGCACCUCGCAAAUACCCCAAGCGUCCCACGAUACCGACUUUUCCAGAGUGCGGCAAUGGUACUUGGACGAUCGAGCGCUCAACCUCAGACAGACCAUUUUGCUUUCGAGCUACGAUAUGCCGGAGCUGCGAGCGAUCUACAGAGGCUUGACAAAUGUGGCUGGCAAGAACAGGAGCGGACACACGUUCGAAGGAGUGCUGGGUGGCGUAAGGGAGGGACUCAGACAGACCUUCACCCGCUUCGACUGUGCGAAUCUCAACAUGGAGCCGGAUGCGCGCUUUCAACAUUUCACGAGCAGGACUCUGCCCAGCUUGCUCAAAUCUGCAGUGGGCGCGACAAAGACGGUCAUCUUUGUACCCUCCUACUUUGACUUUGUCAGGGUCGAAGAUCACAUGAAGAGAUCCGACUUGAGUUUCGAGGCCAUCUCCGAAUACUCGACGCCUCGCGAGGUGGCGCAAUCCAGACAAGCAUUCUUCACCGGCAAGAGGGCUUUCCUGAUCGUCACUGAGCGCUCGCAUUUCUACAAGCGCAACACCUAUCGAGGAGCCCAAACACUCGUUUUUUACGCUCUACCCGAGAACGCUCUUUUCUACUCUGAAAUUUUGCACUGGCCAUUCGUCCCGCCCAAGCCGAGGGUGGGAAAGGAUGGAAGGAUGAAGGAAAUUUCGAAAGAAGAAUUGGAGAAUGCGAAGCUGGACCCGACGGAAGUCGCCGCGCUGGCCGUCUUUUCAAAGUUUGACAGGUUCAGAUUGGAGAGGAUUGUGGGCGAUCGACAGGCUGCUAGGAUGAUCACAGAGGAGAGGAGCAAUUGGAAAUUCGCCUAGAGCAUGGCGAAGCGCGGUGCAUGCAGCCUCGACAAUACAUGCGCAUUUCACUGCGGCACCAAGGGUCGCAAUGCAAAUCGGGCCAAAAGUC